AUGUCCCCCAGGAGUCACCCGAACGUGGCGCGCCUGCUGGGGUACUGCAAGGCACCGCCGCUGGAUGGAUCGCCAGGCGCACGCAUGGAGCAGAUUCUCGUCUACGAGAUGCUACCCAACGGUGGCCUGGACGAGUGGAUUGGAGAAUGUGAGUGCCUUGAUUUGACCCAAGAGAUGACAGUUGGCAUGCCGCGUGCACGCAUGGAGCAGAUUCUCGUCUACGAGGUGCUGCCCAACGGUGGCCUGGAUGACUGGAUUGGAGAAUGUGAGUGGCGCCAGCUUCUGGUUACCACUGCUUUUCUGCUGUUCGUCAUCAUCCCGUCCUCCCCUUUUUCCCUUCUUCCCACCUUGCCCUUUUCAUGUUCCCCUCCCUCUCCCUUCCCCCUGCCCCCAUUCUCCCCUUCCCCCGUGCCUCCCCUCCUCCCUCCACCCCUUCCCCCUUUCCCCCACCUCCUGCCGCUGCGUCUGUGCUCUGUUUCCACUUCGUCCUCCUCUCCCUUCCUCAUGUUUUGGCUCAAAGUGUGCAUCAUCAUCAUGUGGGUUGAUUCUCAGUUGGCCAAGGUGGCGAAUCUGGGCAUGGUGAGGGUGGGUGAGAGCAGCGUGGUGAGCUUCACGGACCCCUGCUAUGCGCAGACCAUGCAGGCGAGCACUGCGUGCGAUGUCUACAGCUUUGGCGCCAUCAUUCUCGCCACCGUUGCCAGCCAUGCUGCCCUGCUGGAGGAUGAAUUCCAGACUGACACUCUGCAAGCGGUGACCAACUGUCUAUCCAGUGGCGAUGUGGCAAGUUUGAAGGACCCGCGCAUGGAUGCACCAGAUGACAUGUUCGCUCACAUCAUCCAGCUCGCUCUCAGCUGCUGCCUUGCCAAUGCCUCGCUUCGCCCUGCCAUGCCUCUGGUUGUGAAAGAGCUGAAGGACCUGCGAGGGGAGUUGCUGGGCACAGGGAGUGUUAAUGGGAGCAUGAAUUCGGACAUUCAGCAAAGAUUAGCACCUUUUCCUCAUCCCUUCAAAUUUCCUGCCUCUCCCCUCAUGCCAUUCCCCCUUCCCCAUUCCCCACAUGCCACUUUUGGACUGCCUUUCUCCUCCUCGCAUCGAAAUGUACCGUUGAUAGCACCUGCGCAAGGCCUUUCCCCCACGUCUCCGCUACUAUCCCCGCAUUCCUCCUUUGCGCUCCCCGCACGCCUGUUCCACCGUCUAACCCGCCGUUGUGCUCCGCCGUUCCUGGGCAGCGGCGGUGCUGGCGGAGUGUCAGCGGCAGUGGGGCGCAACGUUCCCCGGAUGGACGGCGGGGGGAAAGUGCGCGGACGCAUUUGCCUUGGUCAUGCCAAUUCUCUUUCUCCGUUGCCCACGACCUCCCACUUCCCUUCCCGGUGUGUGCGGGCGAGCAGGGAGGUGGAGAAAUAUGGCACCGAUGGGGCGUCACUGGGAUCCAUUCCCCAUGUCCUCAGCAACCUCUCUCGCCUCUCAGUGCUGUCACUGUCUUUGAAUGCCAUGACCGGCCCUAUCCCUCCAUCACUCGCCAACCUCCCAAAACUCAACGCCCUGAGCCUCUACAGCAACAACCUCACAGGCAGCAUACCUUCGACAUUCAGCCGACUCAAGCUGCUCGUUUACAUGGACCUAUCCAACAACCUGCUGUCAGGGCGCAUUCCAUCGCAGCUGUCCAGUCUUGUCCGCCUCACCCACCUGGACAUUGGAUACAACUCCCUCACAGGCACCAUCCCGGCAUCCCUCGGCUCCCUCCUCACCCUGCAGUACCUCUUUCUCAACGACAACCAGCUCAUAGAUUCGCUGCCUCCGUCUCUCAGUACCUUGUCCAAGCUUAAAGUGCUAGCCCUCCAGGACAACCACCUAUCGGGCAGCAUUCCCGAAUCAUUGGCUAACCUGAAUCAACUCAGCGCCCUCCUUUUGUCCGGCAACACUCUGGAAGGCUCCAUCCCCUCAUCCUUUGGCCGCCUCUCCAGACUCACCUCACUUGGACUGUCCGGCAACGAGUUGAUUGGACCUAUUCCCUCAAAUCUGGCUUCUCUCACAGCUCUCAACUAUUUGAGCUUGAGCAACAACGGGUUGUCUGACGGAGUGCCUACCUUCAUCGGCAACCUCACCUCCCUCGUCUACCUUUACCUGAGCAACAAUCAGCUGCAAGGGUCGUUACCUCCCUCCAUUUGGGCUCUUCCUGCUCUCAUAGAGCUGGACCUAUCCAACAACAUGCUCACAGGCUCAAUCCCAUCAUCAAUCACUUCGCUUGAUGGCCUCUCCUCCCUCAACUUAGCUGGGAACAGCAUUACUGGCUCAAUCCCCGAUGCUCUCGGCAACCUCACCACUCUCAUAUUGCUGAUGGCGUGGCAUGGCAUGGCAUGGCAUGGCAGGGACCUGAGCAACACGCUGCUAGGCAGUUCCAUGCCAGCCUCCCUUGGCGGUCUUACCCAGCUCGUUUACCUGGAAGUGCAGCACAGCCAGCUCAAGGGUUCCCUCCCUGCCACGCUCGGGGCCAUCACCUCUCUCACCACCCU